ACCGCUAACAUCGAAUCGCGGCCUCCACACAAUGAUCGGGAAGCGAUGGAGCUGACAAAGGAUUUCUCCUUCUGCUCUCUACAAUCCUAUGAACCUAUGAACAUAUAUACAUUUUCAAUUUGCAUCAGUCAAUGGCUCAUGAGUAUCAGACCACAGCUUGCUGUACCAAAUCGCACAGCAUAUUUUCGGCUUUAAUAAAGUCAGAUAGUUACGUAAUCGUUCCGGAACAACUAUGCCAAUGGCUUGCAUCUAGCGUUGGCAUUUGUGCAGUUCUUUAAUAAUGAAGGCGUCCGAUGGUUUGUGUUCAUUCAGUAACGGGUUUGAUACAAUCUAUGAAUCUGAUUUCGAUGAUGAAAAUUAUUCCGGUGCUGAGAAUUCCGUCAUCCUCGAAAGACGGCGAAGGUCACACACGGAGGCUGAACAGAGACGCCGAAAUGCCAUAAAAAAAGGCUAUGAGUGUCUUCGUGAAUUGGUCUAUCCAAGUAAAUGUAACACCGGUUCUUCCGCCAUCCGCAUAAGUAAAUUGUCUAUCCUAAACAAAUCUGUGUCAGAUAUCGAGAAGCUUGGAAAUGAGAUACACAAAAAGCAACUGGAAGUCAGACGGUUGGAAAAGGUUGUGGACGCAUUGCGCGUGCUAAACACCCUGUAUGAAGAGCGUCUGAAAGACAACUCUCCGGAUCAAAAUUUACAAGGAGAGCCUGUUUCUGAGGAUGUAAAGUUACAAGUCUUUCAAUCUUUUGCAGACAAUCUGUUCAGUUCCUUCGACUCUGGCGUUGCCUUUGCAUCUUUCCGUGAAUUCGUUGAUUCCAUUCUCACAUGGCUGGAAGAUAGUUGCAAGCCUGAGUCCCUCAUCGGCCUCAUGAAUGUGAUCCUGCCAAUGGUAUUACCGUUCCCUUCUUCUCAUCCUUUAUACUCCACACAUGGUGCUCUAUACAGUUACAAGAAGACUCCGGUACUCCCUGUUUCUCGUCGAGUUUCCUCACCAACGCCCAUGAUUGUUCCAGACUCUCGACCCUUCGACCCAUCCCACCCCAAUUGGACACCUGCUGUCCCUAUGUGCAAUCGGAUCUUCACCUCAGAAUCCAAAACUACUGACUCCAUUUCAGGUCUGAGCACCCAGCAUUUUAAAGUUAGCAAAUACAAACAGACGCCCUCGCUGCUGACUGAUCCCCACGAGUUACCCGUCUUUCAUUCAAAUUCUACGACCUGUCGGUUUGGCAAUAACACUUGUGAUGGGGAUUUCUCUAUUCUACGUUCUUCGGUUAUGGUAACCGCACCACCACAAAGUUCUUCCACUCAGUGCUUCCCUUUAAGCGAACCUACCAGCGAAUAUGAUUAUGAUAACACCCAGUUGCCCUCACUCCGUGGCGGCUCCACACUCACUUUGGAUUGUCGAGGUGCUGAGUUGGAACGAUUACAACCCGGAGAUCCGCCCACCGCGUUUCAAUCUUUGGUUUUUUCCGGUUGCAGCCAACAGUUAACGCGUAACUUGCCCAGUGACUCUGAUUCGUUCGGAGCAGAUACUGCCGGUAGACGCUAUUUUUAAUUAUUUUUCAUCACUCGCCUGCUCAUUCUCAGUUUUGUAUAUUUACUUUUGCAAUUUUGGCUUACGCAAACGCACUAUGAAGUCAUUCAGAUUUUUCCAACGCCAAACCAGUGACACCGUCUGGUGGUGUGAUUAACUUUGCUCACGAUUUAACCAUUGAACAAAGCAAUGUUCCUUUCGGCUAUCA